UCCUCGAGUCGCUCCGCCGAGAGACUCACCCCAAAAUAUGGCUCCUCCCACUCGUACUCUCUCUGCCACUGCCUCCCCCAAACUCGCCGUCGCCAGCCUUCGGUCUAGGGACUUGAUUUUGAACCGAUGCUGCAGUGUCCGCCUUGGAGAUAGGCCCUCGGUUGCAGCAUUCAACUUGAGUUUGCAGGCCACUCGUUUUCCUAUGUUUCCAAGCAACAUUGCUGCACAGGAUUUCUCACUUUCUAUAGCCUCGCGGUAUAAUCGCCUUUCUGCCUCAUCACCACAGUUUUUAGGUGAAGUUGCAGACAUUCUUGCCUCAUCAAUGCAGAUUCUGGAUGAAAAUGAAGGUGACUUGUGUCAUAAAGUCAAUGUCUUACCUAGACGGCAGAGGUCUCUCCUAACAACAAGAGCAUAUAAGGAUGAUAUAUUCAAAUUUCGUUACCCUGUGAUACCCGAAAAGCCCGAGUGGUGGUGGAGGACUUUGGCCUGUAUUCCCUAUUUAAUAGCUUUGCAGAUUUCCGAUACCGGAUAUUUUCUUCAACCCUUCCUAGAACAACAUGAGAUUCUUGAAAACUUGAUUUAUUUCGUCCCAGGAGCCAUAAAGAGAUUUCCUCCAUGGUUCUCAAUGAUAUAUUGCUAUUUCGGAUAUAUCGGGAUAGUGAAGAACAAAGACUGUCCUCACUUCAUUAGAUUCCACCUGAUGAUGGGCAUGUUGUUGGAAACUGGUCUGCAACUAGUGUGGUAUACAAGCAACUUUUUCCCACUCAUACACUACAAUGGCAUGUUUGGGAUGUACUUCUGGGCCGGCAUCGGAUUCAGCUUCAUCUUCGCUUUGUUGGAAUGCGUUAAGUGUGCUCUUGGUGGUAAAUAUGCCCACAUUCCUUUUGUGAGCGAUGCUGCAUAUACAUACUCUGUUUAAUAUAGGAAGAAUUCAG